CACAACUACACCCACACCCACACAGUGUGUGCCGUGCCAGCCAGAAGUCACCAAUCUAAUCUAUCUACACACACACACAGGAAGGAGACCUGUGCUUCGGCCCGCCCCUCACCAAUCGGCCCCUCUAAGACCCAACCAUUGAUGACAUACACAGACAUUCCCUCUCACACGCACCACGCCAUAAAACACUGCUGGCCGUGGGCAGCUUUGCUGGCUCACUCCCUCACUACCUUGCAAGUCACUGACUGCAUGAUUAAAAUUCCCCCUGCCCCCCGCCGGCGGGUGUUUGGGUGUUGUCUGUCUGGUCUAUUUAUCUUGUGAAUCCUCGAUGUAAAGCGCGUGUGGGUCUGCUUCUUCCUCUGCAAACUCCCAGACGCCCAAGCGCUUGUCCGAGAUGGCCCGCACGCCCAGCUCUUCGGCCAUCUCAUGCAUGGCGUCCAGGUUGGACUCGUCCUUGAGGUCGAUCCACAGGGGGUCACCGUAGCACCGCUGGACAUGCGCAUCUGCACACCCACACACCCACACAAACACACAGGGGAUGGAUGUAGCUGUGUCCACGCGCGAGUGCGUUCGUUCGUUCGUUAGUCGGCGCUGUGCGUACAGUUUCCGUUGUCAAUCUCACUCCACAUGUCGAGGUAGAACUGUCCGAAGUUCCUGCCAAGAACACACACACACACCUACGGCGAGCAUGUGGUCGUCGAUCCCCACUUGCUUCGGACCUUCCAUCUUUGCAGCACUGCUGCCAGAUCCGCUCAAGUGCCCUGGCCGAGACCUCCAUGUGACGGAAGGGCCGAGAUGCAUAGACCCCUGCGAGCGCCUUAAUUCUCCCGCGCUCAUUACCGGCCCUCGGCAGGCCUGCACACACACAUUCAUAUCGUCACACACAGGUCAGGAGACCCCCUCUUCUGACGUACCAACGUCUUCCAAUGCGCAAUUCAGCAUCGCCAUGAAGGUGCCCCUGGAGUUGAGCCCCCCAUUAUCUAUCGUAUUGUUGAUGCACUCGCGCGCCCGCCGCUUAUUCGCGGUAUACAUCAU